GCUUGCUCGGUUGUCUUCACAGGUUUUCGAACGAUAAGUCUUCGUAGUCGCAAUUGGAGUUCUCUCAGUUACUAUUUCAGGUUUCCCAAUGCUAAAUCUUCGCCUUUGUAAUUGGAGUUCGACAAAGAACACGCACGAUAAAAAACAAUACUUCUGAUCUUAUCAGUUUCACAAGAGUUUUCUAAAGAUAACCCUUGGCAGUAAUCUCUGCCACAUUUUGUGACAUAUGAGACUUUCGAAUUACUAUUUUUUCGAGUGGUAAUAGAUUGCGUUUAUAAAAUCACAUCACUUACCUCAGUGAAUCCUGCUAAUUCGUCUGACUCUAGAUCUGUGAAUCGCCUUACCAGCUCCGAAAUCAAAUACAGUACAUCAUGAAAACAUUCCCAAAAAAAAUGAAGUAAAAAAUAUUAAAAAAAAAAUAUUCGGGAUAUAAAACAGGAAGGAAACUGUGCCAUUAUCUGCUCUGCUCUCCCGACUGAAAAUUCGAUAUGAUCAACAUUAUAUGGAUUAAGAGAUAUCAGUUCUUUUGAUUAUAAAAAAGCUCUGUACAGAUGUACUGUAUUAUGUUAGUCAAAUCAUUUCAUUCGACAUCCAUUUGCGGGAGUUGCAUGAAAAAAGUAAUUGGCCAUCUUGGAGUUGAAUUAUAAUUGAAUACUAGCUGACCCGACGUACUUCGUCUCGCAAAAAUAGAUUUUUUGAUUUGAAAACAUCCACGUUUUCUUACUAAGUGAACGUUAGUGAGUCCAAUCACUGAGCUCUCCAUUGAUUGAUUACCCUUUGACUCUUUGACCCAUUCCAGCGUGACGUGACAACGGUUUGACUCACUAAAAACAGUUUUUUUCUCGCUUUCAUGUAUAGAUCACACGAUUUCCAAAUUCUUGAGUGGUAACGAUUUGGAAGAUUUCAGGAAGCUUGAAAUAAAGACGACUAGUCUUGAGGAGUGAAACUAGUGAAGUGAACAUUUAAACAAAAUAACAAACUAGGUUGCUAAGGGUCUAAGGUUGGUAGUCGGUACAAAUAAACAGAGGGUUGCUUAGACUGGAUGACUACACUUCAACACCCCCUCUCAAACAGUUAAUCCUAGGUUUGACCGUAGAGCCUUGAAACGGGUAGACUCCAACGGCUUGGUAAAUAUAUCCGCUAUCUGAUCUUCGGUCUUGAUAGGUUCGAUUUUCAGGGAUCCAGACGCCACGUGAUCACGGAGGAAGUGAUGCUUGACGUCGAUAUGCUUGGUGCGCUUCAUUUCCAAAUUCUUCGCCAUGCAGAUGCAGCCCCUGUUAUCUUCGUAGAUGGUAACCGGUGCGCUAGCUUCUUGCAGAUCCUCCAGAACUCCGUUCAGCCAAAUCGCUUUGGUCGCCGCCAGACUCAGAGCUACAUAUUCUGCCUCGCUGGAUGAUGUUGCUACUGUCUGCUGCUUCUUGCUACACCAGGGGACGGAACAUCCGAACACCCUGAAUAGGUAACCGCUGACAGAUUUCCUAUCGGUGACAUCGGAGGCCCAAUCCGCAUCCGCGUACCCAACCAAUGGUACGCUCGAUUCCUAUCGCCGGAAUAGUAGCGUCAUACCUCUGGUUCCUUGAAUGUACCGGACCACGUGCUUCAGUGCUUGCCAGUGUUGAGUCGUAGGGUUUUGCUGGAAACGACCCAGAUAUCCAACCGGAAAACAUACGUCAGGUCGAACACAUAACAUGAGAUACAUCAGGGAUCCCAAUAGCUCGCGAUAUGGUUCGUCAGUGCGUUGGCCUGUCGGUUCCAGUGAGAGGCCUUUCUCCAUCGGAACUCUGACCGGAUUGCAGUCAUCCAUCCCGAAGCGUUUCAUCAGCCGAUUGAUGCCUGCGUUCUGCGACAGCUUCAUUACACCAGCCUCAUUGUUGUAGUCGGUUUUUAUGCCUAAGAAAUGGCACAGGUCACCACAAUCGGAUAUCUCGAACAGCUUGGCCAGAUCACGCUUCAAUUGCGCAAUCGUUGAUAGAUUCCGGUCCACCACCAGAAGGUCAUCCACGUAUAGAAUCACAAUCAGCUCAUCAUUGGGAACCAGCUUCGUGUAGAGGCAAUAGUCGUGCUUGGACCGAAUGAAGCCCAUCUUCAGCAGCUCUUCGUUGAAACGCUCGUUCCAAUAUCUCGGGGAUUGCUUUAGGCCAUACAACGACUUGACCAAUCGACAAACUUGACCAGGCUUCGCUUGAACUCCAUCCGGAACGGCCAUGUAGAUGGUUUCCUUCAAACUUCCAUGCAGGAAAGCAGUCCGUACAUCUAUUUGAUGAAAAUGAUACUUAUGAUGAACUCCGACGGUCAGCACAGCUCGGAUUGUAGCCAGCCUUGCCACCGGUGCGUAGGUUUCCUCGAAAUCUUGUCCCGGCUUUUGAAGAUAGCCCUUCACCACUAAACGUGCUUUGUAGCGAACGGGCCUACCAUUGUCGUCCUCCUUCAGUCUGAAGACCCAUUUCGAUUUGAGGGGUUUCACGUCAGCCAGGCCACACGUUGUUCCUCUUCAGAGAGCCUAGUUCGCUUUUGACCGCACGUAACCAAUCCUUGCUGUCAUCUCGUCCAGUUAUCUCAUCAUAGCUUUGUGGAGUAUCUAUGGAAAGUAGACCGCCAAAAGUUGCUCAGUAACCGGUAAAGUAAUUAAAUAACUUACCAGGGAGCGUGCGCACCCGUCCGCUGCGUCUCACUUGCGUUUGUCCGUCGGACUCGCAGUGUUCUGGUUGCGAAGGGAGCGCUGGUGGUGUCGGAUCGUCAGGCUCGUCUGGUUGAGCUUCGUCGUCGGACUGCGGAUCUUCUUCUUCUUGGGAAUCGUCACCUGGUUCUGCCACGUCAGCUUGUACAUCUUCAGCUUCCCCCUCUUGUUCAAGCGGGAAUACGACGACCAGGGGAGCUUGUGAUGAUUCAUCUGGUUCUCCACCAUAAGGAAAACGUGUUUCGUCAAACUUUACAUCUCGGGCUACGAUGAUCUUCCGAUGCUUUCUAUCCCAGAGCCUGUAGCCAUUAGGGGCAUACCCCAUCAUGACUACCUCCGCUUUUCGGAUCGAGCUUCUUCCUUGUCUGGCUUGGAAUCCACGCAAAUGCCUUGCAUCCGAAAAUGCGAACCUUCUCUACACUUGGCUUCGUACCGAACCACAGUUCAGCUGGCGUCUUUUCACACUGGAGGCUUGCCGUAGGACUUCGGUUCAGCAGGUUCACUCCGGUGUAGACCGGCUUCAGACCACAAAUUCUUUGGGACCUGUGAAUCGAAGAGCAUAGCACGUACCGUCUCGAUGAGCGUCCUGUUGAAUCGUUCUGUUACACCGUUCUGCUAGGGAGUAUAAGCGACCGUUGGCUCCACUUGAAUGCCUUUGGAUCUGUACCACGCCUUCUGUUCGUUGGAGCAGUACUCCCUUCUUUGAUCUACGGUCAGUCUGGAAAUCGCCUUGCCUGUCGCCGCUGUAGCUUUUGCUUAGAACUCACGGAAUUUCUCGAAAACUUGGGACUUCUUCUUCAUCAGGUAGAUAACCACGAAGUGCGUGUGGUCGUCGAUAAAGGAAACAAAAUAUCGCGACCCGUCCCACGCCGGUGGAUCAAUAGGACCACAGACGUCCGAGUGGAUUCGUUCCAACACCCGGGUUGCUCGCUGUCUAGUUCCGCUGAAAAGUUCGCGGCACUGCUUACCUUGUACACAGGGAUCACAGAACUCAAUUGCCUUUGGUUUCACGUUGAUGCCAUUCACCAUGUUGUGCUGCACCAGUUUUGCCAUCGCCUUUUCAUUGAGAUGGCCAAGUCGACGAUGCCACAGGUGGAUCCACGUUGAUUUCCAACUCGUACAGACUGCCCUUCAAAUGGGCCGUGGCAAUCACUUGGUUCUCCUUCCGUAACACUGCUUGACGACCAUCAAACAGCACCGAAAUUUCAGCAAUUGCCAGUCGUUUAACGGACAUCAGGUUAUCCCGUAGGUCGGAGAUAUACAGCACCUCGUUGAUAUUUACCCGAACACCUUUGUUGCUGCAGCCAUCGAUCACGCCCUUCGUUCUCGCCACGAGUGUUUCGCCGUCCUUGGCAACUUGAAUAACGAUCGGCUCAGCCAGUCUUGAAGACGACGAAAAUACCCUGGCAUCAUUAAUCAAAUGGUCGCUUGAUCCAGAGUCCAACUUGAAGGUGACCUUUUCGCUCUGCCGUCGGCCAGAUUCUUCACGGUUGACCAUAAAGCUCACAGAACCUCUUCCUGAAGCUACGUUGGCCUCACCGUUGUUCCUCUGGCGGCAAUCUUUCUGCCGCAUUUGUGGCACUUGCCUUUUAACGUUUUCGGUUUAACUUUACCUUUUUCGCCGAUGAACGCCGUUGACUUCUCCACCACAUCAUUGUGUCGGUCACGCUGCUUCACCUCCUCUGCCAGGAGCCGCUGCUUGACGGUAUCGAAUUUCAAAUCUUCGUCGCCUAGGAUUUCGAGCGCCGCGAUGAACGGAUCAAAAACUUCCGGAAGAGUCCCAAACAGCGUCACGAUCAAAUCCGCUUCAGCUAACUCUCCGCCUGCCUGUUUGAGCUGCCGAAUCAGGUCUUCGAAAACCACCAGAUGACCACGCAUGGAAUCGCCUUCCUUCAUCCUCAACCGUCCAAUCUGCUUCCGAACCAGAAGUUUUAUCUCGAACGAUUUCCAGGCCGUCAUCGCCAAGGAAACCGAUCAACAGUGACUUCGCUUUUCUGUCCGUCUCGUCAAAUUUCGUCUUCACCGCGGCCUCCGCAGUGUCCGCUGGGGGAUCAUCUGUGUUGGGGUUAACUGGCCACCCUAACCAAACAUAACCACUAGGCUCUCCGCUGACAGCCUCGACUGUCUGUUCGGUUGACGUCAAGAGGUAGAAAGCCAUUAUGUGUUAUUGUAUUGUGAUGUAGAAUUAUAUAGUCACGUUUUAUCGUUCUAAAUACAGUUUAGUUUUAACCCGCGAUUUUAUUGCCCUAAUGGGCCACCUGAGCAACAUCACAAAAGUGGCGACGAGUGUAAACGUUUUUUUUUGUCGGUUUCUCCGGUUUCGAGUAGCGAAAACGCGUCCGAAAAUUCACCACCACCACGACGCCUCCAAGGAAGAGGAGAAAGCGCACAUAUAGCGUAAUGGAGGAGCAGCAGCAGCAGCAAGCUUCGGGAGUCAAUUCACUCGGACAGGGCCAGAAUGGGCAUCACCAGCAGCAGCAUCCUCCACCGCAGCAACAGCUUCCUCCGCAUCAACAGCAGCAUCCUUUACCGCCUCAGCAACAUCCAGCACCUCUCCACAAUCAACCGCAGCUUGGCCUUCCACACGAUGCCCUCUAUCUGCAAAUAUUGCAGCAACUGCAGCAUCAGCAAGCCAUAACCAACCAGCUCCUUCAGCAGCAGCGAGAGUCGCAACAGCAACAACAACAGGGAGCUUUCCAGCAGCAGCAGGAAAUCUUUCGGAGCGCGAUGCAAUCCAUCCAAGUGAACGUUCCUCCCAAUCCGGAAAUCAUCCUGGACUCGUUGGCUGCAAACAUUAAAGAGUUUCUGUACGACCCAGAAACUCAUUCCACAUUUGGUUCGUGGUUUGCGAGAUAUGAAGACCUGUUCGCGAAAGAUGCGGAACGAAUUGACGACAGUGCAAAGGUACGAUUGCUUCUCCGUCGGUUGGGAACUCAGGAACAUUAUCGAUAUGUCAGCUACAUCCUGCCAAACACACCGAAAAAUUUCUCGUUUUUGGAAACAGUGGAGAAGUUACGAGGUCUAUUCGGUACAAAGGAGUCAGCAGUGAAAAAGCGGUACUCCACACUCACCAUCACGAAAUCACCCACGGAGGAUUAUGUGUCGUACGCCUGCCGGGUGAACAAGAUGUGUGUGGAAUUUGAACUGUCCAAGAUGUCAGAAGCACAGUUCAAAUGCCUAAUGUUUGUUUGUGGCCUUAAAUCCGAGCGCGAUUCGGAAGUGCGAAUGAGACUGCUUUCCAAGAUCGAGGAUAGCAAUAAUGCCACCCUGGACACGCUCAUCGAGGAAUGUCAACGGUUGAUGAACCUCAAAAGUGAUACAGCCAUGAUUGAGAAUCCGGUUCCCUCUACAGUUCAAGCCAUCAAGGGAAACCAGCAACACCGGAAGACAUUCAAGAAGCCGUUCGACAAUCAGCGUAGUUACCAACAGCAACAGCAUCAGCAGCGGAAGAGUGGUCCGGCAUCACCUUGCUGGAAUUGUGGUGCGAUGCACUACGCAAAAGAAUGUAGCUUCAUCAACCACAAGUGCUCGUCCUGCAAUCAGUCGGGGCACAAAGAAGGAUAUUGCUCCAGUGCCAAGAGAUCAGCGAAGAGAAGAAAACCCUACAAUAAGCAGUUUUCCACCAAAACCGUGGUGUCCGUCAACAGUGUGCAAGGCAAGCGGCGUUUCGUUUGGGUGAAGCUGAACGAUAUUCCGGUUCGUCUUCAAUUAGACACAGCAUCAGACAUCACGAUUGUGUCGAAGCAGAUAUGGGAGAGAAUCGGUAGGCCAGCGGCAGUGCCGACAGUUCAAAGUGCCAAAACUGCAUCAGGAGAGGACCUUCGUCUCGAAUUUGAGUUCUCUUGCACAGUUUCUCUAAACGAGUUCGUGAGUACUGGUCAUAUUUACGUUUCUAAUAACUCCUUGAAUCUUCUGGGAAUCGAUUUUAUCGACAAGCUGAACCUCUGGUCUUUACCGAUGAACAAAUUCUGCAAUCUCGUUAGCGGUGAGGGACCAAUCGAUGCAGCUUCAUUGCAGAGGGACUAUCCCAGACUAUUCAGUUCAACUCUGGGACUCUGCACCAAGACAAAAGUUAGUUUGGCACUCAAGGAGGCAUGCAAACCAGUUUUUCGACCUAAACGACCAGUCUCCUAUGCGAUGCUACCCAUCGUCGAUGCAGAGCUAAAUCGUCUAGAAGGCCUGAACAUAAUCUCUCCUGUAGAUUUCUCGGAGUGGGCGGCUCCAAUUGUCGUGGUGAGAAAAUCAAAUGGUAGUAUCCGUAUAUGUGGCGAUCAUUCUACCGGUCUAAACGAUCGCCUACUACCGCAUCAGUACCCGCUACCCUUGCCACAGGACAUUUUCUCGAAGUUGACUGGCUGUACAGUUUUCAGCCAGAUCGACUUAUCAGACGCUUUUCUGCAAAUGGAGGUCGACGAAAGCAGUCGGAAACUACUCACCGUUAAUACUCAUCGGGGCUUGUACCAAUAUAACAGGCUCCCUCCCGGAGUGAAGGCAGCUCCUGGCGCAUUCCAGCAAAUGAUAGACAUCAUGUUGGCAGGACUUAGCUUCACGUCGGGCUAUCUGGAUGAUGUUGUCGUUGGUGGUAGGACCCCUGAAGAACAUCAGCAAAACUUGCACGCAGUACUUCAGCGCAUUCAAGAAUUCGGGUUUACGAUUCGACCAGAAAAGUGCUCUUUUGGACGGGAACAACUCGGAUAUUUGGGCCUUUUGCUCGAUAAAGACGGACUUCGCCCGGAUCCGAAUAAAAUCAAGGCAAUCCAGGACAUGCCUCCUCCUCGCGAUCUGACCGGUGUCCGUUCAUUCCUGGGAGCCGUGAAUUAUUACGGCAAGUUUGUCCCGAAUAUGCGCUCACUGAGAUACCCGUUAGACGAACUCCUCAAGACAUCGUCACCCUUCAAGUGGACAAAAGAGUGUCAAAAGGCUUUCGACGACUUUAAAGCGAUUCUGUCUUCUGAUCUUCUGUUGGCACACUAUGAUCCACAACGAGAAAUUGUUGUAGCAUCUGAUGCAUCAUCAAUCGGCAUCGGAGCUACUAUCAGCCACAAGUACCCGGAUGGCAAAAUGAAGGUGAUACAGCAUGCUUCGCGAGCACUAACAUCCACCGAACAAAAGUACUCGCAACCAGACCGUGAAGGAUUAGCAAUUGUAUUUGCGGUAACUAAGUUUCACAAAUUCAUCUUCGGCAGACGGUUUCGUCUACAAACGGAUCAUGCUCCACUAUUGCGGAUCUUCGGAUCAAAGAAGGGUAUACCGGUGUAUACAGCUAAUCGCCUCCAACGCUGGGCCCUUACACUGUUGUCCUAUGACUUCUCAAUGGAAUAUGUCGCAACGGAUAAAUUCGGGAAUGCGGAUGUAUUGUCGCGUUUAAUUGAUCAGCACAUCAAACCCGAUGAAGAUUUUGUAGUAGCCUGCACAAACCUCGAAGAAGACCUAAAAUCUGUAGCCAACAGCACAAUCAGUCAGCUCCCACUCAGUUUUCGGAUGGUGGAGCAAGCCACAAAUUCCGAUCCAGUUCUUCGGAAAGUCUACCGUUUCAUCAAACACGGAUGGCCGAAAAAUCGUGCCGAAAUCAAGGACCAAGAGUUAUUGCGCUACUACGACCGCCAGGAAGCGCUGUCCAUCGUCGAAGGUAGUAUUAUGUUCAGCGACAGGUUGGUUAUACCAGCACUCUACAGAAAGCGAUGCCUGAAUCAACUGCAUAAGGGACAUCCAGGAGUCCAACGGAUGAAGGCCAUCGCGCGCAGCUUUGUCUACUGGCCUUGUAUGGACGACGAAAUCACUAGCUACGUUCGAGCUUGUAACAGUUGCGCCUCCGUAGCAAGAUCUCCGCCAAAAGCAACACCAGUGCCAUGGCUAAAGCCCACGGUUCCAUGGCAGAGAAUUCACGUCGAUUAUGCUGGCCCACUGGAGGGCGAGUACUAUCUCAUCGUAGUGGAUGCAUAUAGUAAAUGGCCGGAAAUUCUUCCGACUAAGUCCAUCACAGCGAAGGCUACAAUUAACCUGCUACGAAGUGUGUUCACCAACAAGGGGAUGCCAGAAGUCUUAGUGUCCGAUAAUGGCACGCAGUUCACAAGCGCCGAAUUCAAGGAGUUCUGCGUUGAAAAUGGAGUGGAACACAUGACAACAGCACCAUUCCACCCACAAUCCAACGGCCAAGCCGAAAGAUUUGUGGACACCUUUAAGCGGGCGGUCAGGAAGAUUCAGGAGGGAGAAGUUUCCAUCAGAAUGGCAUUGGAUACAUUCCUACUUACCUACAGAACCACGCCAAAUCUGAAUACGCCAAAUGGAAGAUCACCUGCGGAGCUGAUGUACAAUCGUCGACUCAGAACGUCUUUGGAACUUCUACGUGUACCGCACAACCAAGCACAACCAAUGAAGACUGAUGCUAAUCCUCAAUCCAGGUCGUUCGUUCCGAAGGAUACCGUUUACGCCAAAGUGUACAUCAACAAUAAGUGGACUUGGGCGCCAGGCACGGUAGUGGAAAGGAUCGGCUGUGUAAUGUAUAACGUAUGGGUCGAUAAUAGGAAGUUGAUCCGUUCUCACAUAAACCAGUUGAAGAGCCGAGGUGCAAUGACCCAUCAAGGAAGCAAGAAGCAAAGUAUACCGCUAGACAUCCUGCUGAGUGAGUGCGACGUGAACACGCCUGCAGCAAUGCGUACUCCGAUUCAGGACACACCCUCGCUGGAACACCGAUUGGAACCAUCGGAUCGGGUAUCGUCCAGUUUGAAGUCAUUUCCGUUACCAAACGAAACAAAUUCGUCCUGUUCAACAGCGACGUCAUCGACGACAGCAGCUGAAUCUUUGCCAGUGGUCCAGGCCCCUCGACGAUCUUCUCGUGUCAGAAGAGCGCCGCAGUGGUUCAACGCUUACCAGCGAAUUUAAGGAGGGAGAUGUUGGGGUUAACUGGCCACCCUAAC